GUUUUAUUCAGGUCAGUGGGCAGUGCAGUGUGUUCCACCUCGACGUUUGAAACGGUAGUUGCACGCUCUGGUUGAACUUCACUCGCGGGUGAGCAGCUGUGUGGACUUUUGAACUGCUUCCUGUUUGCGACUUCCUUCCUUUGUCGCAGUGCUGCACAAGUACCGCAUCCUUUAAAGAUGCACUUCCAAGGCUCCUUCAUAGAUGAAAUCCAACAAACCAGAAAAAGUAGCACGAGGGAUCACGAGUAUCGGUUAUGGAGCAGGGUAGUGAUGAUGAACCUCCAAUAGUCCUUAGAAAAGAAGACAAGAGGAGGAGAAGAAAAAUGAAGGCGUUCACAUCAAACUCAUGCAUGGAAAUGGAUCAUUUAGCAAUGGAGUUUCUGCUCCCCACCACUAACAAGAUAACCAAGAACCCUGAUAUGCUGCAGUUAUCAGUGACUGGGAACUGGACCGUGGAGCAGGUGAAAACCCAGGUAUGGCUGAGGGCUGUCACAACCAACCUGUGCCCUGAAUUCUACCAGAAAUACUCACCUGACCACUGCAUCCUCCUCUACCAAAAGAAGGGGAGUUGGUGUGAGAUCUAUGAUAAGCACCAGGUGUUCCAGACCCUGGACUGCAUCCGUUACUGGAAAGCUCUCAAAAAAGAUGUUGGAAAAAUUCAUCUGGUGCUGAGACCACAACCGUCUGAAGAAUCCAUCCAGUAUCAGAAAUUUCUGAAUUACCUUAUAGGAUAUGAUGUCACUGAUGUCAGUAAUGUCCAUGACGAUGAGCUGGAGUUCACACGCAGGAAGUUACUCACGCCUCGUAAGAUUGAACUGGCUGACAGAGACCCUAAACUUUACUCUGUGGAUCCCUGGAUAACCACCAAACCUUUACCUGAUUAUCUGCUAAGCAAAAUCACAAACAGUCACAUCCUGGUUGUGAUACAUAAAGAUACCUCAAGUCAGACAAUAAAGGUGUCUAUAGAGGACACACCUGUUCAGGUUCUUCAUAGCUUUUUCUUGAAGACAGCCAAUAAAAGGGCAUUACUUGGCCUGCCAGAGGAUGUGAGCGAAUCAGAUUUUGUCCUGAGGGUUUGUGGAAGAGAGGAAUAUAUUUUUGGAAACUAUGCUAUCAAAGAUUUCCAUUGGAUCAGACAGUGCCUCAAAAGUGGAGAAGAAAUUCAUUUGGUGCUUGAAACUCCUCCAAACCCUGAACAGGACGUAGUUCCCAAGGAGGACUGGUCACAGGUGGAUGACUGCACUGGGGUUGCUGGUACUCACGAGCAGCUGACUAUCGAUGAGAAAGACCAUGAGAGGGUGUUCACCAUCUCCAUGUGGGACUGCAAUCGCAAGUUCCGAGUCAAAAUCUUGGGGAUUGAUAUACCAGUCCUGCCUCGUAAUUCAGAGCUGAUCGUCUUUGUGGAGGCCAGCAUCUAUCACGGCCAGCAGCUGCUGGCUCAGGAGAGAACGUUGCCCAAACCUUUCACCGAGGAGGUUCUGUGGAACGUCUGGCUCGAAUUCAACAUUAAGAUCAGAGACCUUCCCAAAGGAUCCCGCCUGAACCUCCAAGUGUCCUGUGGCAAAGCGCAGACUCAGGCCUCCAAGGACAGCACUGGCCACGACGGCAGGAACAAGGGUCGUCUGCUGUACUACGUCAACCUGCUGGUGGUGGACCACAGGUCUCUGCUCAGGCAGGGAGACUUCAUCCUGCACAUGUGGAAGAUGCCGGAAAAGACUGAAGACAACAGCAGCGUGAACGCAGACAAGCUCACGUCCGCCACCAACCCGAACAAGACCACGUCAAUGGCAAUCACAGUGCUCCUAGACAAGUACUGUUACCCUGUCGCUCUGCCUAAGAGUCGGGACUCUCGAGAGUCUUCUGAUGGCGAAGAAGAGAGGGGAAACAGAGAGAUGCCUAACCACCUGCGGAAGCAGUUUGAACAGAUCGUGGUCACAGAUCCUUUGCAUCCACUGAGUAUUGAGGACAAAGAACUUCUCUGGCAUUUCAGACAGGAGUGCACGCGCCUUCCCACGGCCUACCCCAAAUUUCUUGGCUCUGUGAAGUGGGGGAAACAGGAAGAUGUGAUGAUCACCCACCGUUUGCUGGAGAGGAGCACGGCGUGGGAACGCAGUUCGCUCGACGUGGGCUUGGCCAUGCAGCUGUUAGACUGCCAUUUCUCUGAUGCCAACGUGCGCACCAUGGCUGUCAGAAAGCUUGAGACGCUUGGAGAUGACGAUAUCCUGCGUUACCUUUUGCAACUGGUGCAGGCUGUGAAGUUUGAACCGUAUCAUGACAGUGCUCUGGCCAGGCUCCUGCUAAAGAGAGCACUCAGGAGUAAGCGGAUUGGCCAUUUCUUGUUCUGGUUUCUGCGGAGCGAGAUAGCUCAGUCCAUGCACUACCAGCAGAGGUAUGCAGUGAUUCUAGAGGCCUACCUGCGCGGUUGUGGUGAGGCCAUGCUCCAGGACUUCAGGAAGCAGGUGGAGAUCACCGAGGCACUGCAGAAGGUCACCCGCGACAUCAAGGCCGUGUCCGCUGAGAAGUACGAUGUAUCUCCACAAGUUGUUUUUCAGCUGCGCCAGAAGCUGGAGAGUCUGCAGGUGUCUGGUUUGCCCAACAGCUUUAAAGUGCCGUAUGACCCAAGUCUGCGGGCCGGAGCGCUGGUGAUUGAACAGUGCAAGGUGAUGGCGUCCAAGAAGAAACCCCUGUGGCUACAGUUCAAGAGGGCCGACCCCACCACUCUGACAAACGACAGCAUUGGGAUCAUUUUCAAGGACGGAGACGACCUUCGCCAAGACAUGUUGAUACUGCAGAUUUUGCUGAUUAUGGAGUCUAUAUGGGACACUGAGUCACUGGACCUGUCCCUGUUACCCUACGGCUGCAUUUCCACUGGAAAUAAGAUUGGAAUGAUCGAGAUUGUGAAGGACGCCACCACCAUUGCUAACAUCCAACAGAGCACUGUGGGUAACACUGGCGCCUUUAAAGACGAGAUCCUCAACCAGUGGCUGCGAGACAGAUGUGUGAGCGAGGAUAAGUUUCAACAGGCAGUCGAGCGAUUUGUUUACUCUUGUGGGGGUUACUGCGUAGCAACCUACGUCCUGGGCAUCGGUGAUCGCCAUAAUGACAACAUCAUGAUCACAGAGUCUGGGAACCUUUUCCACAUUGAUUUUGGACACAUUCUUGGAAACUACAAGAGCUUCUUGGGAAUAAGCAAGGAACGCGUCCCCUUUGUCCUCACACCUGACUUCCUGUAUGUGAUGGGCACGACAGGAAAGAAAAGCAGUCCCAACUUCCUGCAGUUUCAGGAUGUGUGUGUAAAGGCCUACCUGGCUCUGCGUCACCACACCAACCUGCUGAUCAUUCUGUUCUCCAUGAUGCUGAUGACUGGCAUGCCACAGCUGACCAGCACGGAGGACAUCGAGUACAUCCGGGAGGCUCUGACCGUGGGCUGCAGCGAAGACCAGGCGCAAAAACACUUCCUGGACCAGAUCGAGAUCUGUCGGGAUAAAGGCUGGACGGUGCAGUUCAACUGGUUCCUGCAUCUGGUGCUCGGAAUUAAGCAAGGCGUGGAGAAACGGUCUGCCUGAGCAGGGAACAGCCAGCCACACGUACGAAGCCUUUUCCAGAGUAUUUUAUCAUUUUAAAAAAUGUCCACAGUUUUUAGGCACCAUUGUUUUAUGUUUUAUAUACAUAAUGGCUGUAACUUUCUAUAUUAUCAGACGGAUUGUGGGGGGUUUCAUAUAUUAUAUACACACACACACACAUACGUACAUAGAUACUUGGGCUUCAAAUUGUCAGACAGCACAGCUUGUAACUUUCUAAUUUUUAUACUGGUCAUUAAAAUGUGUUCACAUGUACCACUUCA